GUUUCCGCGUUGUAGCGCACUUCACACUGACUUCACAGAGUCGGAGCAUCUCGCCGCUGCUCAGUGGUAAGAUUAAGUUGAUUUACUCUCGUCCCAAAACUGAUGAUCUGCAGUUAAUAUCAAAGACACCAAAGGAAGCUGUGCACGCAUUCGUCGCCUGCUGUCAAGCACCUCUGUGAAGGAAGAGAAAUAUGUCCAAUCCACACAGUCACCAUAUGAACCCAACCAUGCAGUCAGUCUCGGACCAUCACGGGGACCAUGUGAUGUCCCCCAACACGGGCCACGGAGAUCACAUGAUGAUGCCAAUGACCUUCUACUUUGGCUACAAAAAUGUGGAGCUGCUAUUCGCUGGGCUGGUCAUCAACACUCCAGGAGGAAUGGUGGGCGCGUGCAUUGCUGUGUUCUUGCUUGCUGUGUUCUACGAGGGUCUAAAGAUCGGCCGUGAGUUCCUAUUGAGAAGGAAUCAGGUGAACGUGCGUUACAACUCCAUGCCUGUCCCAGGAGCUGAUGGCACCGUGCUCAUGGAGACACAUAAAACAGUCGGACAGCGAAUGCUGAGUCUCGCGCACUUCUUCCAGACGUUUCUUCACAUCAUUCAAGUGGUGGUCAGUUACUUCCUCAUGCUGGUGUUCAUGACGUACAACGGGUACCUGUGCAUCGCUGUGGCGGCAGGCGCCGGCUUCGGCUACUUCCUGUUCAGCUGGAAGAAGGCAGUGGUGGUGGAUAUUACAGAACACUGUCAUUAACCUCUCUCGUGUAUAACCACAAAAAACACCCACUUCACAAUCCCAACAUGCACCGCGACUCUAUAUGUGUAGAGCACUAUAUGAUUUCUUUAAUCUCCGUAAAUAUCAACCAAGUGGCUCUAUUCAUUUUCAAGCUCUAAAGCUCUCGUUUUUUUACAGUUUGCCCCAUAUUUCAUAUCCCGACAACCGUUCAUCAUCACCAUCCUAAUAAUAGCAUAAGUGGGCACAGCCUAUCAGUCUACCUCCAUAGUGCUGACGGUCACAAAUGCCAUUGUAACAUCUUACAGAUUCUUCUGUUUAUGAAGGUGCUUCUGGGUGACGAAAGAGCCUUACUUAACCCUUUGCCUUAAAUGAGGGAACACCAACAUACACCCAAGAGAGUGACUGUAGACUCUAAAAGCCAAACUGGAUCUGGUGGACCCAGUAUAUAUAUAAAAGUGGUGGGAGGGGGUUGUUUUUUUUCCUUCGGAGGUUGUUAUGGCCAAGUGUUUCAAAUCGCUGGAACCACCGUUAGUAAUCAGUGACCAUUGUUUAGACAUAAACACUGGACUGAAUGAUGUUUGCACAAGAAAGAGAGGUUCGAAGUCGAACUUUGCUCCCUUUUGAGUGCUUUUAAGUAAAUAUGGGGAGAUUAGUGGAAAAUAAAUUCUAUCUGAUGCCAGUGUCAACGAUUUCAUUUUUAUAAUUUAUAUUUGUAACACUCAACUGUACUUGUCAUCAAUGUUUUCUGGCUUUCUUUAUGUGGAUUCUUUACCGUUAUGACAUUUUUAGAUGAAAGAUUCUGGCACAUCUGUGAUGUUGAGCGAAUCAUGAGUUGUUAAAAACAUUGAGGUCAUCGCUCUGAUAGUUACUGGGUCUCGGAAUCUGGAUUCUGUGUGGAAAUUGAUGAUAGUUAUACUCCUUAUUUGAAAGGAGUGUGCCUUUUACAUACAGGACCCAAUGAAAGUGUCUCAAGACCACAUAUCUUAAACCAGCUAGCAUGUAGGUUUUAGAAGAAAGCCUGUUUAAGUUUUUUUUUUUUUUUUAUACAUUUAUUUUUUCCUGUAAUUUUUUUUAAGAUGAAAAACUAUUCUUAAAGAAAAUAUUCACAUCAUGGUUUUGUAGCAGUUGUCCCUUUGUAGAAUUGUUCUCCAUCAUCACAGGUGUUACUUAAGCUGCAGAUUUUAUAUAUAUAUAUAUAUAUAUAUAUAUAUAUAAAAAGUAAGUUUGCAUUGUCUUGAGUGGGGAAAAACUACAAUUGUGGACUGAACCUCAUUUCCAGCGCUGUGGCAGUGUAAUGAUUUCUUAGUCUGUUUACAGUUCAGUCAAGUCUGUAGAGUAAUGUACUGUAAUCAUGAAGAAAAAGAUGAAUAAAUACUGUAUGAUUUCAAAGAGAA